CCGGGGCGGCCUCCCAUGGGGGGAUGCUUCUCGCUCGAGGAGCAGCGGCUCCAGAGCAGGACAGGCGUGCGGGUCGGUGGCGGCUGGGUUCUGCCCAAUUCCAGCCCGGAAGCGUGGAUUUGGGGGAUUAUCUUGCUUUGUUUUGGGCGCGGCCGCAGGCAUGCAGGCAGGCAGACCAUGUUGUUUCUUGGGAGCCGGCGUGAUGCUACUGUCCCUGUGCCUGUGAGCUCCUGUAACGAGCGGUGGAGAAUGCCGGCCGCACUAUAUUUAGCGCUGGAUUUUUGUUGGCCUUGGGUACCAGUGUCCUCUAUUUCGAGUCUUAUGACUGAGCUUGCAUGGAAGGCGUGCUCUAGUGAUAUGCUGAUGGUGGCUGCCGAUGUAGCUGCAGCCCGAAAGCCAAUAUCCAUGGGAGUAGCGGUUUGUGGUGCAAUGAAAACUCUGCUUAGGCUAACUUUUAUUGAUGACAGAGCCUGCAAACCGCCGAGGCGAAAUUUGAGUACUCUUAUAAUGCCAGGCGUGGUUUCAGGCACUCUUCGGCGCACUUCGGCUGAAGCUGGUGGACCUGAUGGGUUGAGGAAGUGCAAAUCUGAUUCUAAAGCUAUUUCAAGUGUUCUUGCUCCUCCGAAAGAUGUCGAGGACCUGCAAACAGAAGGAUAUGGGAAUGUUAAUAUCUUCACAUACAACGAACUGCGAGCAGCCACAAAGAACUUUCGGCCUGAUCAAAUUCUUGGAGAGGGUGGGUUUGGAGUUGUUUACAAAGGUGUCAUUGAUGAAAAUGUUAGAAUAGGUUUUAAAUCCACACAGGUUGCUGUGAAAGAACUAAACCCAGAGGGCUUUCAGGGAGACAAGGAAUGGUUGGCAGAAGUCAAUUAUCUUGGGCAACUUAGUCAUCCAAAUCUAGUUGAACUGAUUGGCUAUUGCUGCGAGGGUUCACAUAGGUUACUUGUCUAUGAGUACAUGGCUUGUGGCAGUCUUGAGAAGCACCUUUUUCGACGGGUUUGCCUUAAUAUGCCAUGGUCAACUCGCAUGAAGAUUGCGCUCGGUGCAGCAAGGGGGCUUGAGUAUCUCCACGGAGCUGAGAGAUCCAUCAUCUAUAGGGAUUUCAAGACAUCAAACAUCUUGCUAGACGCGGAUUAUAAUGCUAAGCUUUCAGACUUUGGCCUAGCAAGAACCGGACCUAGUGGAGACCAAACCCAUGUCUCAACUCGAGUCAUGGGAACCUAUGGCUAUGCAGCUCCUGAAUAUGUGAUGACUGGCCAUUUGACAGCACGGAGCGAUGUUUAUGGCUUUGGUGUUGUGCUUCUUGAGAUGAUUAUUGGGAGGAGGGCUGUGGACAAGAGUCGGCCGAGCCGUGAGCAUAACCUAGUUGAGUGGGCACGCCCCCUCCUUGUCCACAACCGGAAGCUCUUCAGAAUCAUUGAUCCUAGAAUGGAAGGUCAAUACUCCACAAAGGCUGCCAUUGAAGUGGCCAGCCUUUGCUAUCGAUGCUUGAGCCAGAACCCUAAAGGGCGUCCUACUAUGAGCCAGGUUGUCGAAACCUUUGAGGAGGUUCAAAGCAUGCCGGAAUGCCAGGACAUACUCCUGCAGAAUUGUAUGACCGGAUCUGUGACGCUAUACGAGGUCCCGAAGGAGCCUGUUGAGCAUGUCGAGACAGAGAAGGCGAAGCAAGAACCAACAGCAAAGACUGAUGCCGUGUCCGUGGCCGUGCCACCGACGAACGGAAAGCCAGUGCCCCAGAGCAGGAGGACGCGGCCAGCAAAUGGCAGGAGCAAGAGCGAGCCACCUUUGGAGUGCAAGCUGUACAUCCCUUCGCCUGACUCUGACGGGCAUCAGUUGGGGCUGGAAACCCUGGCAUCGCCCCCUUCCAGAAACAGCAGCAGGGAUGAUCCUCCUCCUGUGGACGAAGAUCUGUACAAGAUAUAAAGUAAUAACAGCACUUUUUGACGAGGCUCAAGCCUCCGUUGCCCGUGUCCGUCUCGUGUCGCCAUCCAUCUUGUUGUCAAGAUCGAUCAGUCAGUCAGUCAGUCAGCUGGUGUUUUUUGUUUUUCUUCUGAUGGCAGAACUACCAAGCUAGGGUUCUUGUUCUUGCGGUUAGCGAAUUGUAUGUAGAGAGAGAGGCGUCAUGGGAAAGCAUGUAAUGUGUGUUCCAUGAUGGUGUUCGUGCUGUAAACUCGAAACAGUUGUCUGGGAAAGAUCCACACCCAAAAUGGAAAUGGAGAGAUUUGUCU